UCUUCACAGCUGCGUUGUUGUAGGCACAUUAUUGCAAGCAUGGCCGGGGACACUGAAACACAUCUGAGCGACUCUGCCGAAAAUGACAACAUUAUCCGACAAUCAUUCCUUAUCGGUGUGUCCGGAGGCACUGCCAGUGGCAAGUCGUCGGUGUGUGAGAAGAUCAUGGAGCUUCUGGGGCAGAACGAAAUCGACCACCACCAGCGACAGGUAGCCAUCCUCAGCCAGGACAGUUUCUACAGAGAGCUGACUCCAGAACAGAAGGCAAAAGCACUCAAGGGCCAGUUCAACUUCGAUCACCCAGAUGCCUUUGACAAUGAGCUGGUCAUGCAGACGUUGUGGCAGAUCAUGCAGGGGAAGACUGUACAGAUCCCUGUGUACGACUUUUUCACCCAUUCCAGGAAGGAUGAGUUUGUGACUGUGUACCCGGCUGACGUGGUGUUGUUCGAGGGCAUCCUGAUGUUCUACUCCCAGGAGAUCCGAGACCUGUUCCAGAUGAAACUGUUCGUAGACACGGAUGCAGACACACGGCUCUCACGCAGAGUGCUAAGAGACAUAGGUGAACGGGGCAGGGACCUUGAGCAGGUUCUUACUCAAUAUAUCACGUUUGUCAAGCCUGCCUUUGAGGAGUUCUGUCUUCCAACCAAGAAGUAUGCUGACGUGAUCAUCCCUCGUGGAGCAGAUAACUUGGUGGCAAUAAACCUGAUAGUACAGCACAUCCAGGACAUUCUGAACGGCGGACUGACCAAGCGGCACAACGGCUGCAUGAACGGGCACAGCACGCCCGCCCGGCAACGACUGACCUCCGAGUCCAGCAGUCGCCCUCAUUGACCUCUCCUUUAUUGAAGGUGGAGUGUGGUUUAGACCUGUACAUAAUUCCCAAUGGCAUUGCUGUAUUUAAGAUGGAGGAAGGCUACGUCCUGAUUCUCUACCCUUUUACCGGAGUUUGUGCUUGCAGGAGAAGUCCUUUUAUAGGAGAAGGGUGGAGAAUCGGGAUGCAGCCGAAAGAGGAACUACAAUGCCUUCAUUAUUAUUAUUAUUACUACUACUGUUAUUACAGUUACUUUUAUUGUAUUUGUUGGACUUGAUUUGUUUCAGGCGGGGAGAGAGAGAACCUCUGGUUUUUGCAACGAGACCAUGUGUUAAGAAUGAACCCCUUUUCUGUUUUCAUCCGUUUAUUUCAAAUUUGUAUUUAAAAAAGUAUUUCAUAUCGUCUGCUGCAUUUUGGCAGACUGAAUAAAAGAGGGGAAACUGUUGGUGUUGUCCAAUGAAAAUGAAACCCUAAAAUCACA